AUGUCAUCUAGAGCGUUAUACAAAGGGUCCCUUUCCGGUUCUUCGUCUCGGGCCCAAUCGGCUUCAGCUUCGCGGACGCCUAUUAGGUCGGCAGACGAUUCGGAUAACGAGAACGACCAUGAAGAAAAUGACUUGAUUAGGAUCGAGGAGAUUUUGCGUGAAAAGUUGUCUAAUUUGAACCAACAAGAUAUGGGCGAAUUGGCCAAAGAAGACCGAAUAAGUGCUGGUGAUAGAAGACAAUAUGAAGCGCGUCAAUUGAAUAAUAGACGAAUACAGGAGAAUUCUAAUAUCAAAGAUAUUAUUACCUCGUUGACCUUCUCAAGAGCAGAUAUCAGCUCGCACUCUCGAGAAUUGUUAUUGGCCCAAUUGUACAAGAUUAUUGUGUCCAAACCAUUGCUUUUGUAUAAUGAAGAGAAUGCAGGGAAUAGGAAUAAUUACGUCGAUCAAGAUGUUGUGGCAAGUUUAAUUAGCCAGUUUACAAGCGGCAAUUAUAGAAGUGAAAUCGAAUUCUUGUACAUGUAUCGAUCCUUGGUUGCAUUGAUAUGCAGUGAUAUCGAGGAAUUUGGCAGCCUAGUAAGCAAUGAUUUACUCGGCAACAUUGAGCAUUUGAUUACAGAGCCAACAAAUAGCAUAAUCACUGCUGAGAAUAAAGCAUGCGUCAUUAUGGGGUUUACUGUGCUUACACUAAUACUAUAUCACGGCUCCUCGAGCUUCGGAGUUGAUGAUAGGGUAAGCAUGUUGAUGGAAGUAGCCGAAGGAUAUAGUGCCAGUGCCACGUCUCUUCAAAAAGAAGUCGAUACUGGCGACAGGGAACAUGCUACUUUUAUCACAGACAAAAACUUGGAUAAAAGAUUAGUGAGUGAAGCAAAUGCAAAAGUGUCAGCAGAAGCAUCAGUUGCCGUAGCAGCUAUCCACGGAGUAGGCUGUUUGAUAACACUAAUGCGCAAAGGAGAAUUUCUAAAUGAAAUUGAGGAGGAUUUGAUGUUGAAAUUGGAACCACUUUUGGACAAUGAUGAGAAUAGAGAUAUUGCCAAAGCAGCUGGUAGAAGUAUUGGUGUGAUUUAUGAGUUGUAUGAUUAUGGGGGAGUAGGCGGGGGAGAAGGUGCAGCAGCAGCAGCAGCAGCAGCAGAUGAUGAUGGUGAUGAUGAUCCUGAUUAUAAUAUCAAUGCACCAUACUACGAACAAGAAUCGUUGAAGACGAUAUUACUGAGACUACUCAAUAUGUCAUCAAAGAAAGUUUCCAAAAAGGACAAAAAGCAAGUGAGUUCAGUGUUUAGAAACAUUUUGAACACUAUUGAUAUAUACACAAAUAAGGCGAAGAGAGAUCAGGUAUAUAAGAGAACAACGGAGGGUAUUGAACUUUUGGAUUCUACAACAGACACUACAAGUAUAAAAUUGUCAAAAUAUAAACUGCUCAAAAUCAAUACAUGGUAUCUUUAUAUCAGAUUAAGAUUUUUGAAAUGGUGUUUCAGCUUUGGAUUGCAUAGUCAGCUAUUAAUUAAUGAGUCAAUAAGAGACAUUCUAAAAGAGCCUGAAAACGAAUUUUCUUAUGGAAGCAAUGUUGACAGAGGUAAUUUUGAUGAAUUGGUUUAUCAAGAUGAGGAAACACUAAAUGAUUAUAUUGGUCAAAAACAUGCAAAUGACGAAAAGUCAAGAAACGCAAGACGUAAGAAGGAGAGGAGGGCAAAGUUGGACGACCAACUUAAUGGGUUAAACUUGGACAAGUAG